AUUGCAGUGCACUGGACUGUACAGAACUGGGUAGCAUCCACACUGUCUAUGAGGGUGCGGUCCGGCUGCACUGAGAGCAACAACACUGACAGAUAGAGAGAGAGAGAGAGAAGGAAUAAGAAAGAAGAGGAGGGAGAGAUAUCACCACACGAGGAAUACAGCAAGGGAUGAAAGGAGACACCCCUGUGAACAGCACCAUGAGCGUCGGUCAGGCCAGGAAGCUGGUGGAACAGCUGAAGAUUGAAGCCAGUUUUUGUCGGAUCAAGGUGUCUAAGGCAGCGGCGGACUUGAUGGCAUACUGUGAUGCCCACGCAUGUGAGGACCCUCUCAUCACCCCUGUGCCCACUUCAGAAAACCCCUUCAGGGAGAAAAAGUUCUUCUGUGCUCUUCUCUGAAAAGGACACCGGAGACGCAGACUUAGUCUCAUUUAGAUAAUAAUGAUUUAUGUACGCACAUCACACAACACAUCACAUUACUCGACACAGCAAAAUAAAUCCCAAAUUAAGCUUUAAUAAAUGCAAAUUUCAGCAAUUGACAGCGCCAAAUUGACAAAAACAUAAUUGUGAGAAUAUUUUUAUUCUCCUGAUUUUUUUUUGGGGGGGGGGGGGGGGGGGGGCUUGUUCCUUUUAAUUAAAGGGAUGAAAUAACAUCAAGAUUGAUGCAAACUGAUUAGAUGAAAUCACACACUGAUACACACAUAUGCAAGCACACAGUUUUUUAAUUAAGCAAAAGGAAAUAGGUGCGGGUCUGGAUAUUUCAAUGAUUUCAAAUGUUAUUAUAUUCAAGACAUUCGUUGUGUUCUUCACAAUAGCAAACUCUGGUGAUUUACAAAUUCUUUAUGUAUAUUUAGAUUUUUUUUUUACAUGUUUUGUUUGAGGUGGCUAUGUACUCUGGUAGACAUUUCUGAUGAACUGGUAGAGCUUCUAAAGUUUAGAUCAUUGUGAGAAGGUGAGACUGCUGAUACCUACACACAAAUACCACCAGUGCAUAGUGUUCCUAAAGGGAUUUGUUAUUUCCUAAAACCAAUUAAGUUUUUCUGACCACUUAAACAAGAAGUAGAGGUAUCUAGUCUCUAAGAGUUGGAAAUUAACUUAAAAGACAAAUUAUUGGAGAAAAAUGUAAAAAGAACAUCUGUCAAAAGUUGUGGUCCCAAGUAAUGGAUUAAAUAUUGCAGACAGAAUCCAAUGAAUGAAUGAAUAAAACUUUUAAACACAAAA